AUACAUAAGCCAUAAAUGACCUUACAACCGCUUAAUCAAUAAAGUAUUUAACAUAUAAUUUUUGGUAGUCUUUUUUGCUUGAAGCGUCUCUCCAAAACACAUUAAUACAUGUAUAGCAACUAAACGUUAUUAUCUUAAUCUCUACAUAUUGCAGACUGUUAUGAGAUCAACAGAAUAAGUAAUGGAAAACUAAAACAUAAAAAAAACCAGUACAUCUUUGGCAAACCUUUAGGGCAAGGGAGAGGUAAAGAAGGAUAAGGGAAAGGAUUGGAAGGUGAUAGGAGCAUAUAUACAAUAUUUACAAUUUUUAUAACUAUAUCUAAAGAACACUAUCACCCCCUGGUGGGUUAUAAAGCGGUUCAGGGUUCAACCACUGAUCUAAGCAUUGCAAUUUAUUAGUAUAUGGCAAUGUUACCAAUUUAAAAACCUCUUUCUAUGACAACAAAUUUUAUGAGUAUAAAUAAUAAUAGCAAAUAAUACUUUCUUAAAAAAAGAAAAAGAAAAAGUUAAAAAAUGGAUGAAGAUAUACGUACGUUAUGGUGCGGAAAUUUAAGUGACCAAGUCACAGAAGAAAUUCUUUACGAAUUAUUUUUACAAGGUGGUCCAGUACAAAGAGUUGCAAUACCUAAAGAUCGUGAUGGAAAACAAAGAAGUUAUGGUUUUGUAACAUAUAAACAUAUUAGUUCUGUAUCCUACGCUUUAGUUCUCUUUAACGGAACUAAAUUAUUUAAUCGACCCAUUAAUAUGAAAACAAGAAGUAACGUGGAAUCAUCGGAAAUAGAAAAACAAAAACAAGAACAUAUUUAUAAUUUGAAUCAUUUACUUAAUUUGGGUCAACAAACAUUUAUAGGAAACUUUGUGUCAAAUGUAGGUUCGGAUAUGCUACCUAUGAACGUAGCACCGAACAUGAACAUCCAUAGUGGCAAAAUUGAUACUCAUCGUGAUGACAGACAUUCUAGGAGAAAUCAUCCUUAUCAACGUGAUCAUGAAAAUAAUAGACGCGAUCAUCAUAAAAAUAAUAAACCUUAUAAAAAUAGAAAUCAUUCUAAUAGCAGCAGCCAUUCAAAUGAUUAUUCUAAACAUAGAACCCUCCUACAAUACGGCAUUCUAUAAAACUGUUUUCUUUCAAAAAACCUUUGUACAACACUGUACUUCUACAGCCGCGGCGAGGCUUGCCAUCUUAAAGAUACAGUGUUGCGGAAAGUAUUUCUUUUCAUCUUCAUGGCCUGAAAACAAAAGUGUUUCACGCUGUUGUGAACUGAAAACAUCAACGUUAAAUGCGUGUUGGAAAAAGAUAUGACCCUCUUCAGUUGAAAUAGAAAACGUGCGUAAAUCGUCACAAAAUGAAAUUGGUGACAUAUUAGAACUUGCUAAAUCAAUCGGAGGCGAAGAUUUUGUGGAUAUGACUAUUGAGGACGUUCAAGGUUUAUUAAUAGAAGAAGAAGUUGAUGAAGCAAAUUUGAUGGAAAUGAUAUCCGAAACUCUGUAAAUCAAAUGAUUAUAUUAACUCGAUGUAGUGUAUGAAUGCUAUUUACAUUAUAAUUUCAAUAUUUUAUAAAUAUUUUUGUUAUUUGUAAAAAUAAG